CAUUACUGUCGGGUUGGUAAUUGUGAAUUAUACCAAAAACGGUAAUUAUUUGUUUACCGAAUUUUAUUAUUAAUAAAGUUUUUGGUUCACUACGGGUUGAUAAAUUCGCUAAGAUUAAAAUCGGUAAGCUAAAAAUACCAAGCGGUAUGUAUUCAUUACGAAAAAAGAAAACUGUAUAGUACUGCCCCAUAAUGAACACUUUAUUUUCCGGGUAAUGUAUUUGAAUCUUUAUGCGGUAUUGCCAUUCUACCGCACUGGUAUUUAUUUUUCACAAUUCAAGUAAUGAAAGAAGUUGCGCACUCUCACACGACAAACACCACGAGGAGGACAAAAUGGGCGACAAAAAAGAUAAAUUAAUUCGUGUUUCGAAUUCUUUACAUCAAAAGAAAGCAAUAGUGAGCUCCAAUAACUACGAGGAAUUUCUAACAAAAGUUAGAAUAAAGUUUGAGCUUGCUGACGACAUCCAGAUACUUAUCGAAGACGACCAAGGUGCCGAGAUUGAUGCGGAUGUGUUUCCAAUUUUAUGGGAGGAAGAAAAACCGAAUAUUACAUUUCGAAUUCAAGGCGAGGACUUUACAGUAAGCGCAAUUCAGGACGCCGGUUCCAGUCCUCAAAUUUAUUAUUUGCCAAGUCCAUUGUGUUCACCGGCGCCAUCACCAGUUUCGCCAUCAUUAGGACUUGGUGACGUUGAUGUAUUUAAGCAGAUAUUAGAGGAAUAUGUCGAGAAGACGCCGCGUUUGGCGAAUCUAAUCUUGGAGUGCAGAGAGAAGUCCCUCGUCGAUAACUCAGCGGCGGCAAUAAUUGUUAACGAGUUUGUGUCGAAAUUGGUAGACUUAAAAGGUAACUCACCAUGCACUCGAGACCAGAUAUCUUUUGCAAAGGCGAUUGUUGAAAUUCUGCCUUUCUGGAAAUAUCCGGGAACGCCAGACGGAAUUGAUAUUCUUUAUGAUGAAAUUAACCGGUCUGGCCUAAUUCAACAACGACUCAAGUGGAUUCACAGAAACAUUAGGAAACCGGAAGUUGAUACGAGGCGUCGGAAAAAAGAAGAAAGUCAAGGUGGCCCAAAGCCAAAAAUAGCGAAAGGCGCAGAGGAGGUUUUCCCCAACUUGGAAUUAACGGCGGCCCUAAAUUCAAGCACUAAAAAAGGUGAAAUUGUAUCACUCAUGAAGGAAACUUUUGAACACAGAAACCAGAUAAGACGGUCAAACGAUCAAUCAGUGCUACGUGUGUACUCAAAAUUUGCGGAAUGUUCCUACUUGGUUAAUUUUGAGUUUUCGCUAAUGUUUCCUGACCUUGAACAAAACUUUCUAAACACGUGGCCGGAAUUUGCUGACCGAUUGAUUGCGCACUGCAAAACUUUAAGUAAUUCGCCAGCCCUAUUGAAAUUCGCAAACAAUAAUUAUGAUAAUUGGGACAAAUCAAUAGCAGCUCUAUUUGUUCUGUUACACCUUAUUCCUCCAAGCGCUCAAGGGAGAGGGAAAGGGGGACGCUGUAAAAUUGACGACGCAAAGUUAAAGUUGGUUACUUUUUACCGGGCUGAAACGCCCUUGAAAUCAAUUGUGGACACUUGGAAUUUUGAGACUUCCCAACCAGCGCUCAUUGUACUAGGCGAGGACCACUCCAAUUUGACGUCCUUCUACAUAAUUUGUGAUCGAAUCCUCCUCCCAAUCAACGCAAGAACUUCAACCGAGGCAAUCGAUUCCCUAUUUAAGGCUCAUUACGUAAUUGGAACAGAAUACGACAAAAAUUUGACCGGAAUUUGGAAGUUUAUUCAAGUACACAUUUUUCAACUUGAAACAACUACUCAGCUAUCAAGAAAAGUGAAACAAGUGUUCCAGCAAAUUUCUACUUAUCUUCAAACGUCAAAUUCCUCGACAAAUUAAAAUGUAUACUUGUGGUCCAUGUGGAAAAG